AAUAAAACUAAUGGGCCCCUCCUCCUUGCGGCGCUUUAGGGACCAUGGCCGAUCCUCGCGUGAGACAGAUCAAGAUCAAGACAGGCGUGGUGAAGCGAUUGGUCAAAGAAAAAGUGAUGUAUGAGAAAGAAGCAAAGCAGCAAGAAGAAAAGAUUGAAAAAAUGAAGGCUGAAGAUGGUGAGAACUACGCCAUUAAGAAGCAGGCAGAAAUCCUUCAAGAGUCCCGGAUGAUGAUCCCAGAUUGCCAGCGCCGGUUAGAGGCUGCAUAUACCGAUCUUCAGCAGAUACUAGAAAGUGAAAAAGAUUUGGAAGAAGCUGAGGAGUAUAAAGAAGCUCGUGUAGUUCUGGAUUCAGUGAAGUUAGAAGCCUGAAAUUUUUCUGUACAGGGUGUUUUUUUGCAUUAAAUCCUGGGGUCCAUUCUACAA